UGGGGGUCGAUCUGGUCGACCUCUGCGUGGCCUCGCAGAAGAAAAUUAAUGAGGUCAUGGACACCAAGGAGGAGUUGCCUAUGUCGGUGGUGGAUUACAUGCUGCAGACGGGUGUGGCACCGUGCGGCAGCUCCUUCGGGAAUGAAGCCGAAGCCCACCAAAAAGGCAUGCACAGGACAGAAGUAGUGCGUGAAAAGUGGACGCAAAUACUACGACCACCAACCAAAGAGCAGUCGGAGGCCAAGGAUGCCGGGGAAGAAUCUGUCAUGCAGAGGAGCAAGAAAAUAGUUGAGCACAAUGGUUUGAAACUACCAGAGCACUGGGAAACGUACGACCUGGUGGACAAUACCGGCACUAUUCAG